CUCAAAUAAUGGGAUUCCGAAGACUAGCUGACGCAGAAACGUUUUUUUAUGAGCAUUCAUCGGAAAUGUCAUAUAUCAUAGAAUUUAAGAUGAGUGAAUCUGUGGUGCUGCUUCCCAAAGUAUUGACAGUUAUUAUUCAUCCGUAUCGACGAGCAAGUCAGAUUUGGAAUACAGAUGAGGUUUACAGUUUUGAGCGCACAUCCACACCUAGAUCUGACCUACUUGACCUAGAAUUC